AUUCUUCUCUGUUUUGUUCAGAAAGCGUACAUAUAACCAAGAAACCGUCCAACGAUCCAUCUCAAGCAAAUCUUUUUCGGCUCUCUCUCUCUCUCUCCCCCAUCGACCGGUCUUGCUAAGAGAGAUGCACGACUUUUGCUUCACGAUCCCGUACGGACUCCUCGUCCUCGUCGGCGGCAUCGUCGGCUACGCCCGCCGAGGGAGCACCGCGUCGCUCGCGGGCGGCGCGGGCUCCGGCCUCGUCCUCCUCCUCGCCGGGUUCGUUAGCCUCAAGGCCUUCGAGAAGCGCCGCAACUCCUACCUUGCCUUCGGCCUCGAAACCGUUUGUGCCCUUGCCCUAACAUUUGUUAUGGGGAAAAGAUACCUCGAAACCUCCAAGAUAAUGCCAGCUGGAGUAGUUGCCGUUCUCAGUGCUUUAAUGUCUCUAUUCUAUCUGUACAAGAUCGCAACUGGAGGUAAUCAUAUUCCACCCAAGGCAGAUUGAGAUUGAUUAAUAAAUUUUAUAGUCAGCAUGUACCUCAGUGGAUUGACAGGUUAACAUGUAUCAUCUCCUUGGUGCUUAAAAUACAGAAUUAUAACAUUUACAGACUUAUUGUUAUAUCUCAAACAGUAUGUGGUAUGCUACUUGGAUAAAACUGGGUAAGCUGUAAUUCAGUAAUUUUCACAUGACUCAUGCAUGACAUUGCAGUUUGAAA